AUGGAGGGAGUGAGAGGGAAUCGCUGUGGUUUCAGCUCUCUCUCUGCGGCGGGACGCGACUCUCGAAAUUUCUCCAAUCGCCAGAGUACGGUGUCCCCGGGCAUCACCGCGCAAGACGGCCAGGCCUCCUCGGGCACAUCACUGAGCUAUGGACACCCAUUUGGAAGUCCAUAUUAUGGACAGAAAGCGUAUUCCUAUGAUCCUGCCGAAAAAUACAUGGAGUCGAGCAGCACGCUGCCAGCUGAGGAGCUUUCCAACCGGCCCAAAGAAUUGAGCAUUCACCCAAGUUUCGUACCAGGAGUCAGUGCGGACCCAGAGACAAGGCAUGAAACUUCAGUUCCUCUGGACAGGUAUCAGCACUGGGCCAAGACGAUCGGCUGGGACGAGGAACUAUACUGUUCUAAGGAACAAACACAUUUUAACCACCUGUGGAAGUCCACGUUUUCGGAUGUGGUGCCACACCAGACCGAGAUGAAUGGGUUCUGUCGUGGUCGUAAGAAGAGAGUACCUUACAAUAAAACUCAAUUGAAGGAGCUGGAAAGAGAGUACGCCACCAAGAAAUUCCUCACCAGAGACCAACGAAGGCGUCUCUCCGCCGCAACCAAUCUCUCGGAACGGCAGGUGAACAUCUGGUUCCAGAACCGUCGUGUUAAGGAGAAGAAGUCAGUGUCUAAAGAAGAGUUACGCUCCCACGUGCAUGUGCAUUAAUCACAUAGCGCCGAUCAAUUCUGCAUUUAAAAGAAAAAAGUCAACACACUCGUGUCUCAAUGUUGGCUUCUGGAAUGCUUUAAAAACGGUCUGGUGAUUUUCUUUUUCGAACAGAUCUUCUGUUUAGUUUGGUUUUGCCUCGUUUGGUUUAGUUUUUGUUCUAGUUGUGACUUUAAAGAAAAACUGUCUAUCCAAACGUAAUGUUAAUUGUUGAAUAAGUUUUCUAAGUUUUCUUCUUUUUUUGCAUUUUUGAUCCAUUUAUUCGGUAUUCUCAUGGGGUUUUUUCUUUUUUUUCCUUUUUUUAUGGAAACGUAUUAAAUUGGGGAUGCUAUUACCUUUCAUCUACAUGGAUCUACGAGUUCACUGAACAUGAAGUGUUUCUUGGUAACAGCGGCGAUCAAGUCGAAACUUGUGUCACAUGGUCCAUGAACAAUUUGCAGAAGUCUGCCCUAUAUCUUGUUUUUCUUGGCAAAAACUGUUGCAUAUGACUACCUCCAGUGAGCACUAGUGAAUCCAUAU